GGCCAUAGCUUUUUUUCGACCGAGUGUGGUUCUAACAACCGCCGCUUGCAAUUAAUUCUACCCUUACUGAUCUUUAAAUACAUACAUUUUACAUAAUCAAAUUAAAUAAAUAAAUUCCCGGUUAGUAAUAAUCAGUUACGCAUAUAUAUACAUCUAUAUAUAUAACAAAAUUGAAUCAAAACGACGACACAGUUUCAUUGCUUAAAGAAAGCGAGACUAGUAAUAAUAGGGUUUUCGUUAUGUUAUUGUGAUGGAAGUGGAUCAAUCAAAAUCAAUUGAAAGGAUGACGACGACGACGUUUCACGACGACGCUUCAUUAGAGCACACCUCCAUUGGAUUUGUUAAAGCUCUACAGGAGCUCAAGAACUUAAGACCCCAGCUCUAUUCGGCAGCAGAAUAUUGUGAAAAAUCUUAUCUACACAGUGAACAGAAACAAGUGGUCCUUGAUAACCUAAAAGAUUAUGCCAUUCGGGCUCUUGUAAAUGCUGUUGACCAUCUUGGCACUGUUGCAUACAAACUGACAGACCUUCUAGACCAGCAGACUUUAGAAAUCUCUUCAACCGAGUUACAUGUUACGUGUUUACAUCAGCAACUUCUUACAUGCCAAACGUAUACGGAUAGAGAAGCUAUCAGACAGCAACAGUUAUUAGCAGUUUCCCCAAGGCAUCACAAACAUUAUAUUUUACCCAAUUCUGUCAGCAAAAAGGUCCAUUUUAGCCCCCUGAUCCAAACUGAUGCAAGAGAAAGUCAUCUUCAACCACCGCCUCGCCAAUUUACUUCCGGCACUCCGGCUGCAAACACACUUUCUUGGCAUUUAGCAACAGAGACCAAGUCUACAUUGAAAGGGAGUUCACGCCCAUUGAUAAGCAUUGAAGAUCUCAAAAGUUCUCAUCGUACUCCCACAUCUGUUCAUACGACAAAUGGUGAAGAGGGCAUGCAGAGAAAAUCAUCAACAGGUCAUUCCCAGUUGUCGAAUGUAGGGCCAGCGUCAAGUGCAGCUAUGCAGGCACUUGGCAUAACACGACGGGAUCCAGCUGAGGGACCCAAGCCGAUGACACCAUUCCGAUCAUUUGAUAAUAAUAAACGUGUACGUGCACCUGUUCGAAGCAAGAGUCUCUUGUCGUCUUUCUUUGUGAAACAAAAGACAGCCAAACAAGCCAUUUCAUGAAAGAAUCGACUUAGUCUAUCCAAAUGGAAGGUGGAGAAGUAUGAGAAUGGCUCUAUACACCAUUGUGGAAAAGAAGCGCAUAGGACAUCUGUUAAUAGGGAGAAUUGGUCUAACUGUGAUUGGUAGUGUUGAGUAUGGUGGAACUUGGUGUUUGUUUAUGCCGCUGUACAAAUAUGUAAAACCCGUAUAAUAAACAAGACUGAUGUUAUCAUUUAUCCAAGAUCAGCCAAGCUUCUCUCCCCCCGGUUGAAGUGAAAGUUUCGUUAUCAAAGUUGUAUGAUUUCAUUUUAUUAGUGAUAUAUAAAUCCAGUAACAGUUGCUUAAUGCCUAAAUGAAGUACCUUUAACUAGUGUUUAAUUUUUAAA